GAACGUUCCACAUUUAUUUCAAACACAUAACUCAUCCUCUUUAAAUUCCUCGCCUUGUGGCACAACAAAGAUACAAAACCAAAAAAACAAAACUUCAAAGAAAUGAAUACUUUGGUGUUCUAUGGUGCUACCAUAGCUCUAGGAAUCAUCAUAGUUUGGAGGUUGUUUCAUAGAGUCAAGAAAGAAGAAGCUCACCAGAGAAGACAAAGAGCACCACCAAGCAUUCCAUGGUCUCUCCCAAUCCUGGGUCACCUUCAUCUUAUGAGACAUCCAGUGCACCAACGUCUCGCCGGUUACGCCUCCUCUUACGGCCCCAUCCUUAGCCUGCGCUUCGGCUCUCGUCCUACACUCAUUGUCUCCUCAGCGGCCAUUGCCGAGGAAUGCUUAGUUGCUAAAGACACUGCUUUUGCCAACCGUCCCCUGCUCACCGCAUCUGAAGUCUUUGGGUAUGACUACACUGCCGUGGACUCAGCCUCUUAUGGUCCUCACUGGAGGAGCCUACGGCGUAUCAUGGCCCAUGAAGUUCUAUCUCAGGCCAGAGUCACUUCCUUUGCUGGUGUGAGAGGAGAUGGUGUCAAGGGUUUUCUUGGCAAGCUAUGUAGAGAUUCAGGGAGGGUGACCAUGAGGGUUUAUCUCUCUGAGCUGACUUUUAGUCUCAUGGUGAGGAUUGUGAUGGGGAAGAGGUAUGUUAAUGGAGGUGGAGAAGAAGGAAGGGAGUUUAGGAGGAUUGUGGAGGAGGUAUUCUUGUUGAGUGGGAAGCUUUGCAUGGAUGACUUCUUGCCUUGGUGGGUGGCGAAAUUGUUUGGUGGAGGGUUGAAGGAGAGAAUUGUGAAGUUAGGGAAGGAGAUGGAUGAGUUGUUGCAAAACUUGGUGGAUGAACGGCGACGACAAAGGAAGGAGGUGGAGGAGACGGCGGUGAUCGAUGUCUUGCUUGCGUUGCAGGAGAAGGAUCCAGGGUUUUACUCCGACGUGAUCAUCAAAGGGAUUCUUUUGACUCUAGUAUCAGCAGGGACUGAUACAGUAACGGGAACUCUAGAAUGGGCAAUGGCUUUGCUGCUUAACCAUCCAAAAGUACUAAACAAGGCAAGAGAUGAGAUAGCCAUGCAAGUAGGAAAUGAACGUUUGCUUACAGACACGGACCUCCCUGAACUCAGUUAUCUUCACAACAUCAUUAAAGAAACUCUCAGACUCUUCCCAGCUGCACCUGUUCUUCUCCCUCAUGAAUCAGCAGAGGACUGCACCAUAUCUGGCUUUAAUGUCCCCUCCGGCACACUCCUCCUUGUCAAUGCAUAUGCCAUUCAUAGAGACCCUGAGCUUUGGAAAGACCCACUCAAGUUUGAUCCAGAGAGGUUUGACCGUAAGGUUGGAGAUCAAGGAAAAGACUUCAAGUACAUACCUUUUGGAUCUGGGAGGAGAGGGUGCCCUGGUGAAGGGUUUAGCAAAAGGAUGAUGAUGCUGACUUUGGGGUCUUUGAUUCAGUGCUUUGAAUGGGAGAGGAUUGGAGAAGACCUUGUUGACUUGGAUGAAGGUGAAGGGCUUGCCAUGCCAAAGGCUAUCCCUUUAGAAGCCAUCUGCAAACCAUGGCCACACAUGCUUCAUCUUUUAUCCCAACCUUGACCCUAUUGAAAUGUCUAGAUCAGCUAGACUUUGAGCAGCUACACUAGCUGUGCAUGCAUGGCUCAUACGUUAACAGGGUUUAGUCUAAUCACUAUUAUGUUGAGUCAACUAUAUUAGACUUUAGUUAAUAUCAUGUUAUAUUAAAAUAGGUGUUUGUACUGUUUAAGUUAAGUUAUCACGGGCAUUACGAGUUGGCUUGCAUCAUUUGGCCACCUCUAUAUAUGUAUGCUAAUUGGGGUGAA